AUGGACUCCCCCGACUUUGGCCUCGAGUUUGCAAAGAUGGCUCUCCUCUCCAAUGUCGGCCGCAUCAACACCACCAUGGCUUUCUUCCCAGAGAUGCGCACCGCGCUCAGAACAUACCAUCCCGUUCCUUCCCUCCAGAAAACGAGCGGAAAUUUACAGGAUGCUCCUCGCAUAAAGAACAUCCUCAAGUCCUGUCAUCUCGACUCCGAGACUCCCAGCGUCACCCUCAGCCCAGCAGAUGUGCAUUCUCGCUCCCGGUCAGGGAAAGUACCCCCAACCAGCAUCGUCAAUCUCGUAUUCACAUUCGCCACAAAUGCCGGGUCCAUUGCCAGGACUCAUUUCGGCCGGAGCCCUUCAUACGAUUUUCUCGACUUCUUCACUCCCAUUCAUAUAUCCUCGGAAUCCCGCGCCCGCGCCUUUCUCUGGCUUUGCUACCACUAUCACGAAGCUCCCUCAUAUAACCCAUUCUCCGACGAUCACGCGAAUACGCACCCAGGGCAGAUCCCUUCCUUAGCAGUUCUUUCUCCUGAAGAAGCUGCGCUCGAGAACGUUGAUCCCCCUGACGAGAUAGAAUGGGGGUGGAAGAUGACUCGACAGCGCAGAGAAUUUAUGGAGAACAAAGCCAAGGAGGGCGAUCAAGAACAGCCGGACGACGGGGAUGAGAGACCCAAGUCAAAGGCUAGUAUGACGAGAGGAAGAGGGAGAUCAAAGGCUGCACUUGGAAUGCCUUCCGUCGACCUCGCUGACAGAGAGUGGGACGGGGAGCACUCGCCCAUCGACGACCCCAUGUCCCCACUGUCAAUUCCCCAGGGGUUCCAGGACCCAUCCUAUUCGAGGGGCCGUUCAUCAGAGAGGCUGCCUUUAUUUCAGCACGAAUUCACACCUUAUCACGAGACCUCUUCCUCCUCAUUCCCCUCACACCAGCACCUUCCCCGCCUGCCCUCCAUGUCGGACAUCCUGGCAGAACCUCAUCUGCCAUCUGAACCCUAUCCACGCAGGCGCUCGAGCCCAAGCCCCGUGCCAUCUACGAACGGUAGGGCUCUGCGCACACAUGGACGGCGGCACACCGAACCCCACGCUUUGCACCCGUCAGCUCACCAUCAGCAACAUGUACCGCAACAUGCACCCCUAUACCCUCAUCAGUCAUACCCUGCCUUCAUGCACGAUGUCCCAAGAUUACCCCCAGCAGCUCAGCCCCCUCCUCAACGCUCCAUGCUUGACCAGGCAUGGCAUGUCGUGAUGACCACUGAUCCUCUCGAAGAUUCGGACGACGAAUACCCGGACGAGAGCGCUCGUUUGGAUUACGUCCUGCGUCUCCGGAUCAUUAGUAGGCUGCGCGGCAAAGAUCCAACGCCAGAGCCAGAGGUGGCACCGCAGCAUCAGGCAACGCCCAUUCCACACCUGAACAUCGACGCUCAUCCCAACGCUAUCUAA